GGUACGUCACGUGAUUUACUGGUGGCUGUUGGGAUACGUGUCAGAUCCAACAUGGCGUCGGUGGGAAGCAAAAUUUAGUGAUUUUUGCAAUAAAACGUCUCUCAACGAGCUGCUUUGAAUCGGAUCGCUUCAAAUUUUUGUCGGUUGCUGGCCAAGACUCUGGAACACCAUGGCGACUCGGAGUUUGACGGAGAUUUUUAUCCUGAUGCGGAAUAACGCCGCGCAGAAUAGGCACAUGUUCGCCGAGCAAGUGAGUACCCGUUCUUCAGCAGAUGAUGUUUCGGUUCCCGAUGACAGGAUGGCGCUGGUGUCUGGUAUCUCCACCGACCCUGACGCUUCCAUCGGGGUGCACAAGAGCUCCUUUCCUCCAGACUGGGUGGAUGGUGUGGAAGAUGUCAGCUAUGAGAUUACCAAGAUUAGGCAAAAAAUGAAGGAGCUGUCAGUCCUGCAUGACAAACAGAUGAACAGACCCACACUGGACGAUUCCAUGGAGGAGGAACAUGCCAUCGAGAUUAUCACUCAGGAAAUCACUCAGAUGUUCCACAGAUGUCAGCGGGCCAUCCAGAACAUCGGGAACAAGAGUCGGUACGCGUCCACGCAGGAGCAGAGGGUCACCAAGAACAUCAUGUCCUCCCACGCCAGCAACCUGCAGGAUCUCUCCAUACAGUUCAGGAAGGGGCAGUCCGCGUACCUCAGAAGAUUGAAGAACAGAGAGGAGCGGUCCAGACAGUUUUUCGAGCCCGGGAUCACGUCAGGCAGCUCACUCAUGACAGAGGAGGAGGUGGCAGUGGAUGAGCUGUACGACAGGGGGUUCACGCCAGCCCAGAUCCAGAUGGUUGAUGAGAACUCGGAGGUUGUGGAGGAGAGGGAGCGGGAGAUCAACAAGAUCGUGCAAUCCAUCUCAGAUCUCAACGAGAUCUUCAGAGAUCUGGCACAGAUAGUCGUCGAACAGGGCACAGUGUUGGACAGAAUAGACUACAACAUCGAGCAUACUGCUACAAAAGUUGAUGCUGGGCUACAACAAUUACAAAAGGCGGAGAAAUACCAGAAAAAGAACAGAAAAAUGCUGCUGAUCCUGGUACUGGCUGUCAUAGUUAUUAUCAUGUUUAUUAUAUUAGUUGCCACAAAAUUUCGAUAAUGAAAGGAAAACCUGUGCAAUGCUUGCAAGACUGUGUUUCUGUGAAGAAUUCAAAUACUUAAAAUAAAACGUUUAUACUAAGGAAUUGUUUCGCCCACAAACUUUAAAGCAGGCCCAAAUAGUGUCUUGAUCCUUGGUCGUUUCUGUCUUCUCUGUGUAAUUUGAAUGUUGUACAGCAUGAUAUUUGUCAGUACCGUCUUGAAAUUGAGGAACGCUUUCCUGAAAAUGCACUUUCCAGAAUGUCUUACUAAUAGCUAAUGCCAAAGCUUUGAAGUUGAUCCUGUCAAUAAUCAUCAAAUUAUUGGAACUUUUAGUCUGUUAGUCCUAACAGAUUGAUAAACAUGUGCCAAUAAUAUUCAUAUAAUUCAUGUAAAGAUAUUUGUAUUGUUACUGGAGAACAAUUCCUCAUAAAAAAGAUAUUAUACUAACGCACAUGUAUACACACUAAAACAAAUCAAUUUACAGACCAAACUGGCUUUUACGGUGUUACUUGUUUCUCUGUGGGUACAUUAUUGUACAUUUUCUCGUGACCUCUGCUGCAUAGUACAUCUGUUAACCUUUCUUUGUACCUGUGGAAUAAGUGAAUAUUCUUGAUACGUGAAUUGAUAAAAUUGAAUGUGUAAGGUGUGAGCUUCAAGGUGUAAAGUUACAUACAUUUGUAGAUGCUCCGUUUUAUGGGAUGUUUUGGUGAUGUAUGUUGAUUUCUGUUUUUGAUGCUUCUUUUAGCAGUGGGCAAUGCUGGGCAUAGUAAUAUGACUGUAAACCAAGCAAUCGCAAUUUAAGAUGCUUUUUUUAGUAAGGAUGCAUUAAGAGGUAAUAUAUGGUUAGUAUCAAACUUGUUCAUCACUCUUCCAAGCACGGUUCUGUUUUAGAUUUGUGGUAGUGGUGAGUUUUAUGCUGUCAGCCUGCUAUGAUGAUAUUGUUUCAUUGGUAGAUUAAAAAAGGUGAUAUUGUAAUCUCCAGGCAGAUUUAUCAGAGGCAUAAGAUAAGUUGUAGUAUUAAAUCUGGCUAAGGAGUAUAGCCUGGCCAAAGGGAGUCAAACGCACUCCUAGGCUGGCUUCACUCCUCUGCCAGCUUUUGAUACUACUGUAAAUGCAUUUAAGUUCGCUGGGAUUUAAUUUUGCGGUAGCGGGAAAAGGGGCUUUUCGCGGUGGAUUUGAGUUCGCGAUAACACCAUAAACUGCAGUCUAAUACCAUUAUAGAAAAAUUAAUCCACCGCGAACAUUUCUGCAUUUACAGUAUCUUAUGCUACCGUAGGAUCUGCUUGGAGAUUAGUGAUAUAUGAAAUACCAAGUCUGCCUAAAACAGGAAGUGGUCACCAUUGCAAAGUAAUUUAUCAAACAUAUUUAAGCCACUUACGGCUAUUUUAAGUCACAUGUUUCACCGUUUUACAUUCUGUUUUUAAGAAAAACAAGAUGGCCGCCUCCAUGGAUGACAGAUAAAAUCAAACAGCUAUUUACUUGGCAAAAGAGCAAUUGUUUGACAAGCAGCAUUCCGCUGUCCAUUCAUAUGUCUAGGUUUACAAUUGCCAUUACAAAUUCACACUAACAGAGAGAGCUAACUUUGUCUUUGGAAGAAAAAAAAACUUCUUAAGUUCCAAGCUACAUGUAAGACAGUACAGGCACAAGUUUCCUCUUCCUUUUGUCAGUUUGAAUUCUGUGUACAUGUUUCAGUAGUGUAUUAGUUAGGUGCUUGUAUAUAUGUACAUCUUUUUAGCAGCCUGUUAGUGUAUACAAACCAAGAAGAAGUACUACUAGUAUAUUAUGGAGGGGAAUUUUCCCAUAUGGUGAAGAAAUGGGUUGAGAAAAAAAUGUUGCAGAGUUGAUUAUGGUGGAUUCUGUAAGGAUGUCUUCAUCAGAGAAUGUCAAAGAGGGUCGAGAAUUUUAUUGAAAAUAAAUAUGAAAUACUACACCGAC